AUGAGCACCUUUCCAGACAGAGUGCACUGGACUAAGGAGGAGAAUUACAUGUUCAGGCUCUCGGCCUUCCGGGACCCGCUGCGGGCCUGGCUGCGGGACAACCCGCGGGCCGUGUCCCCGGAGCCCUUCUACCAGCGCGUGCUGCGCUGGCUGGACGAGGACCUGCCGGACCUGUCUGUCUCCCGGGAGAGCAGCCGCCUGCCGUGGGGCAUCCCCGUGCCUGGGGACCCCACGCAGACCGUGUACGUGUGGGUGGACGCCCUGGUGAAUUACCUGAGCGCGGUGGGCUACCCUGAGGCCCACGGGCAGUGGUGGCCCUGCGCCCACCACGUGGUGGGCAAGGACAUCCUCAGGUUCCACGCCGUCUACUGGCCGGCGCUGCUGAUGGCGGCCGGGCUGCCUCCCCCCGAGCGGAUCCUGGUGCAUUCCCACUGGACUGUCCACGGGCAGAAGAUGUCCAAGAGCCUGGGCAACGUGGUGGAGCCUGGGCCCUGCAUGGGGCGGUUCUCAGUGGACGGGUUCCGGUACUUCCUGCUGCGGCAGGGCGUGCCCGAGCGCGACUGCGACUUCUACCACCAGAAGGUGGUGAAGCUCCUGAACUCCGAGCUGGCAGAUGCGCUCGGGGGGCUCCUGAACCGGUCCACAGCCCCCAGCAUCAACCCCAGCAACACCUACCCGCGCUUCUCCGAGGCUUGCUUUCCAAAGGUCUCGGACUGCAGGGAGACAAAAGGUGCAGGGAGGGCUUCUGCAGAGGACUAUGAGUUCCUGGCAUCCGUGGCUUCUCUGCCUCUGCGGGUGGCUACUUGUUUUGAAAACUUCCAGAUCUACAAGGCUUUGGAGUGUAUCUCUCUCUGCGUGAGGCAGACCAACAGCUUCUUCCAGAGGCACAGGCCUUGGAAACUUGACCGGCAGGACCCCAUGGAGCAGCUCUGGCUGGACACCAUCAUCCACGUCACCCUGGAGUCCCUGCGUGUCUGUGGGACCCUUCUGCAGCCUGUCAUCCCCCACACUGCCCACAGGCUGCUCUCCAGGCUGGCUGUGCAGCCCCAAGAGAGAGGGCUUUUGGGUCUGACGUUCCUGCCACGCUACCAUGGGAAGCCCUGUCCCUUUGAAGGGAGGCAGCUCGGAGAGGACACCGGCCUCUUGUUUCAUAGACUGGAGAAGUCAGACCAGCAUGAGACAGGAACCAAGGAGCUCUAG